AUGCAAGUGACAAUAACAGAGGACAAAUGCUGCUUAAAUUUUUUUCCAAAACAUAUGGGACACACCCAAGAUGUUGGAAGAACAUUUCUGCAUGGGAACGAGAGGGCAGAGUUGGCAGGACGGCUGUCACAGGGUGUACCUGUUGGACGAGUCUUACAAGAUGUCCGAAGUGCACCAAUCGCUGCAAGUGUGGAAAGAAUCCAUCUCCUUGAGAAAAAAGAUUUGCAUAAUAUAAAAAGGGAUUUUGAUAUUGGUUAUGCAACGAAGAAGCAUGACAAUGAUGCAGUGAGUGUGAAAUUGUGGGUUGAAGAAAUGAAGAGACAAAGUGACAACCCAGUACUGUAUUUCAAGCAGCAAAAACAAGUGGAUCCUAAUUUUCAAGAUGAAGACUUCAUUCUUAUUAUAAUGACAGACUUUCAGGCCGAACAACUUCUAAAGUAUGGAGAAGAUAAAAUAUGUGUGGAUGGCACUCAUGGCAUGACUGCAUACGAUUUUCAACUUUUUACUAUUGUCGUUGUUGAUAGAUAUGGUGCUGGAAUGCCAGUUGCAUUUUGUUUUUCAAAUAGGGGAGACAUGUGCUUACUGUCUUUUUAUUUCAAAUGUGUGAGAGAAAGGGUGGGCACUGUAAAGACCAAUGUGUUUAUGUCUGACGAUGCACCAGCAUUUUAUAAUGCAUGGUCAGCAGUAAUGGGACCUGUGCCAAACCAGUUGCUGUGUUCUUGGCAUAUACAACGGAACUGGUCUCAGAAUUUAAGGAGAAUUUCUGGGGGUAGUGAGAAAAAAUCAGCAGUGUUUAGUUCACUAAAGCGACUUCAGACUGAACUGGAUAUAGAUGUUUUUAGUUGUAGUCUGGAGAAAGUGAUGGAAGACUUAUUGAAUGAUCCGGAUACUGCAGAAUUUGGCAGGUACUUUCUUAAGAUGUACUGCCAGCGAGUGGAAAAGUGGGCGUAUUGUUUUAGGCACCGAUUGGGCAUUAAUACAAACAAUUACUUGGAGUCCCUACAUAAAGUUAUUAAAUACAGUUAUCUAGAAGGGAAAAAGUGCAGAAGGCUGGAUAAGUCAUUAAAUGCUUUGUUAUGUUUAGUGAGAGACAAAGUAUAUGAGGGCUUAGUGAAGCUCUCAAAACGUAAGCAGUGCUCUAGGGCGUCAAGAGUGAAAGCAAGCCACAACGAUAGCUCAACUAUAACAAAUGGGAUGAUUUUAUGCAGGGGUGAAGGGUUGUGGGAAGUGCUUUCUUCCAUUGGUUGUGAAGUGUAUGUUGUUGUAAAAAAUUCAGAACUGAUAUGCGAAAGAAAAUGUUCACUUAAGUGCAACACCUGCAACAUAUGUGUACAUUCGUAUAAAUGCAGCUGUUUAGACAACAUUUUAAAUUUCAACAUAUGUAAGCAUAUACAUGCAUGUGCUAAAUCAUUGUCUGGUGCUGUCCAGGAGAGUGAACAGUGUUCCUUGCCCUCUAGUGCAGACAAUGAAUAUGUGUCAGCAUUGCUUUCUGGCAAUUCAGAAAAAUCUGCUGACACAUUUGCACAGGAUGUGAUGUCUCACUGUGAAACUAUAGUUGCACUCAGCAAAGGAACACAGUGUGGACAGGAGACUAAGGCCAAAGUAUUGAAGGAUCUGAAGAAGAUCAUUGGUAAUCUUAAUAAAGAUUUUUCUUUCUCAGAAGAAAACAAUGUAAAUGUGAAUGCCAAGAUUGAAUCUCAGGCUAGAUUUUUUUCCACAAAGCAGAGAAGGAUUUUGUGAGGGGUGAUUAAGUGUUUAAAAAAAAGUAAACUCCAGGUUGGAAUAUCAACAAUAUUAGGAAAAAAAUAGUUUGCCACUCACUGUAAAGGUGACAUGUUGAGUUGCAGACAGGCACAAUGUAAAGAAUGUUACACAUUUAGUUUUUGGCCAAAGCCUUCUCCAGAAAACAAAACACAAACAGAUUAACACUAGCAAGCACACAUGACCAAUAUCUCCCACUGCAGAUAGUGGAGAUGUGUGCAGGUAGUGUGCUUGUGUGUGUAAAUCUUUUUGUGUUUUCUUUUCUGAAGAAGUCUUUGGCCAAAAGCUAAAUGUGUAACAGUCUUUACAUUGUGCCUGUUUGCAGCUCAACAUGUCACCUUUACAGCGAAUAGCAAACUAUCCUUUUCCUAAUAUUGUUAAUGCACAUAAAGGUGGUCUUGUACAUUAUGUCAAUUUGUGUGUGUGUGUGAGUGAGAGAGAGAGAGAUUCCAUGUAGUUGAAGGUGAAUAAAAAUUUAAAUUUA